AUGGCGGCGCGGCCGUGGCCGCCGCUGCUGCUGCCGCCGCUGCUGCUGCUGCUGCUGGCGGGGCCGGAGCGGGGCCCGGGCGGCUCCUCCGGGCGGCUCCGCCUGGGGCUGGGGCCCGGCCCGGCCCUCGGGUAUUUCCCCGAGGAGCGCUGGAACCCGGAGUCGCCGCUGCGGCCGCCGCGCGUGGCCGUGGCGCUGCUGGCGCGGAACGCGGCCCACGCGCUGCCGCUGGUGCUGGGGGGGCUCGAGAGGCUGCGGCACCCCAAGGACAGGAUGGCGCUGUGGGUGGCCGCUGACCACAGCGUGGACACCUUGGGCGUGUGUGACCUGGCUGUGACACCCCCGUGUGACCCUGUGGAUGACCCCGUGGGACCUCGUGUGUGA